AGCUUUCCUGGAUAAAAUUACUGUGUGUCUUUUUUUUCCUUCGAUUUUUUCGCUAAUGGCGCGACCUUCAGAACGUAAGAGUAGGUAAUGGUACUGUUCCUUCUGAUACGGUUGGCAACUUGCUUCCCUGAACUACAUUUGACAUGUGGUGUAUAAGAGCAUUUGCUGGAAGUCAGUGACACGCAGAAAAUAGAAGACACGCUGCUGCAUAACAAAUACCUGCGUAGAAGAUAUGGCAUCUCCCAAAUUGAAGUGUUCCAGCUGUGAUACAUUUGUUGUUUUACCACCAGUCACAGCAAAUAAUUUUAUUAUAUUUGGGAAAAAUUCAGAUAGGCCUUCUGAAGAAGUACAAGAAGUGGUAUAUGUCUCAUCUCGAGAUUAUUCUCCUGGAACAAAAUUAAAGUGUACUUACAUAGAAAUUGAUCAGGUACAGCAUUCAUAUGCUGUAAUCUUGAGUAAACCUGCAUGGAUGUGGGGAGCUGAAAUGGGAGCAAAUGAGCAUGGUGUAUGUAUAGGAAAUGAAGCUGUAUGGACUGCUCUUAAUAGUUCACGUGACAAUGAAAAAGCAUUAUUAGGGAUGGAUCUUCUUAGAUUGGGAUUAGAGCGUAGCAAUACUGCAAGAGAAGCACUUGACGUAAUAACCCAAUUGCUAGAAAAAUAUGGCCAAGGGGGUCCUUGUUCUGAUAUUAUGCCAUCCUUUACAUACCAUAACAGUUUCCUUAUUGUUGAUAGAAAAGAAGCUUGGAUUUUGGAAACAGCAGGAAAACUGUGGGCAGCUGAACAUGUUACAAGUGGAUUUAGAAAUAUAUCAAAUAGUUUAUCAAUUCAUACUAAAAUAGAUUUAAUGAGUGAAAACUUGAAAGAAUAUGCCAUGAAACAUAAACUUUGGCAUUUGUCUCAAGGAGAAUUUGACUUUGCUGAAGCAUUUGGUGAUGGAACUGGAGAUGAUCCUAGAUUUAAAAGUGGAAGACAAUUAUUGGCUCAGCAUUCAGUUUCAAAGGAUUUUUCUGAAAGGCAUAUGAUGAAAAUAUUACGUGAUACCACAAGUGGAAUAUGUAUGUGUUCAGGUUCAUUUGUCUCAACUGCAAGUCAGGUUUCUGUACUUCCUUCAAUAGCAUCAAAAGUAUUUUGUUAUCACUUUUUCACAGCAACACCAGAUCCAUUGAGAUCCAUGUUUAAGCCUUUUAUGUUUAUUCCAAAUAUACAGUUUACAGAGAAAACUGUCUCUCCUACAUAUAUGGAUCCUAAAGAUUCUACAAAAAUUAAAUCGUCAUACGAAAAAUAUUUGGAUCGAAGUCAUUAUUUAUACAAAGUUCACAGACGAAUAUAUUCGAACUUACUCGGAGAAAGAGAACUUCAAAAUAAAUUGAAAAAAUUAGAAGAUCAGUACAUCGAAAAAACAAGAAAAUUAGCUGAAGAUGAAUUAGAAUCGUCUAGUAAAGCCAGUGUGUAUACUGAUGCAGUUAAUGCUGAAAUCGAAUUAUAUGAAUCAAUAUAAAAAAUAAGUAGGUUUUCGUAACCUUACAAGUAAUGAUGAUGAUAUGAUAAAAUAUGAAUUAAAUUUGAUUAGGCCUUAAUUAAGUUAGCUAGCAAUUUAAAAGAUUUUAUUAAAAUUUUGUAAUAAUCUAAUACUGUAGUGGAAAAAAUUGUUAAAUUUCUAGUCAGACAAUCAGCAGUAACUUAAGUAAGUCGAUUUCACAUUGUGCCUCAAUGAAAAAAAAAAGCUUUGUAAAUUAAAUUUUUUUGUAAGAAAUUUGUAGAAAUCUGUAAACAACUGUUUUAUGAAUUAUAUAUUAAAUG